AUGCUAAAAUCUUUAUUAUUAGUAUACAUAUUCACUCUGGUCACAUUCUCAAAGCAUAUCGAAAAUUAAAUAAUCGAAUUAGAAGAAGUAAAUUACUAAGUGAUAAUAAAAGUAAAUGAUUUUUCAGGCUAUGCUUUAUCUGGAGUGAUUGUCAAUGUUAAGAAUUCUAAUAUGAUUUUAGGAGACAAGGAUCAAAUGACUGAUGGAAUAGGUAUGGUGGCAUUUACUGGGAAAAUCCAAAAGCAAUAAUCUUACCAAAUUACAGCAAUUGCAACAACUACUUUUAACGACAUUUCAACAUCAAGUAAAAUAGAUGGGGUUGGAGAUUCAUAAGGUACAAUUGUUUUUAAUGGCAAAUUAUAAUUCACAUAAUCGGAUGUUUAAGUUCAAGAUGUAUUUUAAAGAGGAUUAAUAAUAUUAAAAACAUAAUCAAACUCAAAGCCUCUUCCUGGGGUGACUGUAAUCUUUACGGCCAUCUACUCAGAAGAUAAAAAAGCAAAAGAACUAAUUUUCAAAGCCACAACGGAUGACAAAGGUCAAUAAAAUGUAAGAUUUUUAUUGCCAUCUCAAAAACCCGCAUUUGUUAUUCUUUAUACUGCCUCAAAAAAUGAAUAUUGGAAUGCUUAAUAAUUGAAUCGAAAUGCGUAGGAAUAUUCAUUAUGGCCUGAAAAAAAGUAUGAACUACAAAUAACUAUAAAUUUGGAUCCUGGUUAAUUCAAAUUUGUCUUAACAGCAUUAGUUCAAGAUUAAGCAUCUAAGCCAUUAUCCGGAGCUAAAUUAUAAAUAGGAGGAAUUAACUUGGGAUCAAAUUAAGAACUCGAAUCGCUGAAUGCAGUCAGUGGAACAGAUGGAAAAAUCAACCUCAUUUUGCCAUUAAAAGCUACUGCUAAGAUUCAUGUCAAGGAACAAAUUACUAAAGAUGAAUACAUUGGAUAGAGUUAGGAGUUUGAUGAAGAGUUUGAUUUAAAUGUUAGAAAGGAAUCUUUCACUCAUGAUUUGGGGUUAAUAAAAUUAUAAGAGGCCUCAGGGGAUUUAUAAAUUUCUGGAAUCAUUACUGAUUCUUCAAAAUUAGUGUAGUUUGUACAAGGAGCUACAAUUGUAUUUACAAUUUUGGAUAGCAUCCAACCAGUGACAGCUAUCACAGAUGCUUACGGCAAAUUUAAUGCUGAGAUCUAUGUUCCUGCAAAUAAGGAUUUGUAAUUAAAAGCAACUGUAACUGCUAAAGGAUUUAUGAAUAAAUUAGCUGCUCCAAGAUCAAUUAAUGUUUCUUCUAAGCAACCUCUGCAAAUAACUUUUGAUGUAGUGUUGGACAGAACUAUAAAAAAUAUAAAAAUAAAGGAUAAGCUUGUUGAUCCAAGUGGUAAACCUAUUUAAAAUGCAAUUGUUAAAAUUGUAGAGAGUAAUCCAACAAUGCCUGAUAAAACUAUAUAUAAUAAGGAGAUAACAGAUAAUGCGGAUGGUUCAUUCGAAUAUCCAUUUAGUUGUUAUGAAGAUAUCAAGUUUUAAGCAACAUUUUAAUUUCAAGUGCCUUAAUUUGUGCCUGUAACAUAUAAAACAGGAGAUUUAGAAUGUAAAGAUUAAGAUUUAGUGAAAUAUUCAAUGACUUUAUCAAAAUAGACAGCUACUCUCUUAAUCAAAGGAUAAGUGAUAGAUGUGGAUUAAAAACCAUUGAAAGGAGUGACACUUUAAUUUAAGUCAGAUCCAAUAUUAGAUGUUCCUAAUAGUAAUUUGGUUACUGAUGCAAACGGUAAUUGGUAGGUUGAAAAAUUAACAGUCAUACCUACAACAUAAUAUAAAUUUACUAUUGAAUAUACUAAUGAUGUCAAAUAAUCAGUAGAAGUAGUAUAGACCUUUACUCCUACGAUGGAUAAAGAGUAAACCUUCAACUUUCCAGUUAUUGGAUUUUAAAGAUAUGUUAAGGCUAAAAUUGCUGGUAAAAUAGCACCUGUGGAUGGCAAGGCAACUAUACCACUACCUUUAGUAAUUACUUGUGAUGGAAAGGGAAAGGAUGGAAAACCAAUUAUUAUAGAAACUACAACAAAGGAGGAUGGAUCAUAUUCAGUAGAUGUAGAAGUAUUAGUAGGAGCAGAUAAACCAUUAUCCUGUGUAGUUACAAAUGGUAGAACUGGCAGUGAAGGUAGUAGUAAUAGUAGUGGAUCAAGUACAGGAACUGGAAGUGGAAAUACAGGAACAGGUGGAUCAAGUACAGGAACAGGUAAUACUAAUACUGCUUCACCUAUGUAACCUAUAAAAGUAGAUGUUAAAGUAUCUGCACCUACAUGGAGCAGUAACACAAAUAUUCCUGUGACAUAUAAUACAGUUGAUAUUGUAGUAAAAGGAGUUGUCAGUGAUAAAACAAAAACAAUUACUACAGUCGAAGGCGUAGACAUUUCUUUAAUUAUUUCUCCUCAAGAUGUUUAUAUUUAAAGCCCUGGUAAGCAUUUACUUGAGUCAUACGUUUUAUAGAAAAGACAUUUUUAGAGUUCUUCUCAAUCCAUAUUGUAAACAAAAUCUGGAAAAGAUGGAUCAUAUGAAUUUAAAUUCAAAGCCAUUUAAGCAUAUCCAUUAAAAUUUGAGAUUCAAGCAAAACGGGAUCCCCUAUUUGCUCCUUAUGAAAAGAAAGGAAUUGAAGAGAAAUGUUAGAAGUCAGAGACUUUAACUGAAAAUAUUGAAAUAGACAGGAUAAAAAUGUUGACAAAAUUGCAUUCUACAUUAAGUGGCUCUGAUAAGAAGCCAAUUAUAAAUGCAUCUGUUAAAAUGACAUCGUCUGAUCCAAUUAUGAAAGAUUCCAAAUAUUAUAACUUACCAUUUAAGGAUGAUGAUAAAGGAUCAUUCUUUUUGGAUUUUGAGUGUUACAAAGAUUUUGACUAUGUUGUGGAUUUGUAAAUAGAUGUACCUCAAUAUGUACAGUAAAAUAUAAAGAGUUCCAAAUUUAAAUGUUCAUAGGCAUUAACUGAAUUGAGCCCUAUUUCUUUAAUCCUGGAGAAGAUAUAAAUUAAAGCCAUUCUCACAGGUAAAGUAAUUGAUCCAAUCGGAAAUGGAGUUCCAAAUUUAGCAUUGAGUAUAACAACAGAUCCUGAAAGUACAAUUCUAGAAACUAAAACUUUAACAGAUGGAACAUGGACUGUGACUGAUCCAAAGAUCUAUCCCAAUACAGACUACAAAGCAAUAAUCGCUUAUAUAGACAUCAACAAAUAAUAAUAAAAAGUAGAAUAAAAAUUCACUAUCUAAAGUGAUAACUAAAAAGUUUCAAUUUCUGAUAUAAAUUAUUAAGCUAUUGUGAAUGCCAAAAUAUAAGGAAAGAUUGACUUAGAAAAGGGGACUUUGAGUUCACCAGUCAAAAUCAAUUUGACUUGUCCAAAAUUUAAAGAUGCUAAGGGUGUUGAUAUCAAUCAAGAUUUCCCAACUGAUAACAAUGGAAAUUUUGAUAUACCUUUACAAAUAUUGGCAAAACAUGAUGAUAAAAUAGAAUGUAUUCUUAAAACUAAAGAUUCUCUAUAAGAAACUACAUAAAAAGUAGAAUUAGUAGCUCCAAAGUUUUAAGUUUAAGGUGUUUCAAUAAAAGCUAAAUUUAUUACUACUACAUUUACAGUAUCAGGUAAAUUAGUGGAUAACUCAAAAGUGGAAGACAAAUUACCUGGUCUAAAAAUUACAUUAACCUUAAAACCAUCAGAUCCAAUAUCCUAUUAACCUAUUAUUAGUAAAAGUAUUAAUGAUGGAACAUAUUCAAUUAUUUUUGAGGUUGUAAGAAAUGUAAAUUAUGAAGCUACAAUCAAUAUUGAUGCAUAACCAGCAUUUAAUGUUGUUAAUGAAAAAUUAUAAUUAUUAGGCAAAGAAGAUAAGUAAAGUAUUUCAAAGGAUAUUACUCUAAUUAGAACUGUUGUUGAUAUUACCAUUAGUGGACAAUUAGUAGAUAUGAAUUAAAAGCCAAUUCCUAAUUCUAAGAUUGAAAUUUUAAGUUCAGAUCCCUAAAUGUCAAAUGCUUAAUUGUACAAUAAAUAAGCAGCUGCUCCAAAGGGAGAUUUCUAAUUACCAUUUUAAUGCUAUAAUUCAGUUUCAACCACUUUAAAGAUGGAUAUGGAAUCUGAUGUGUAUCCUAAAACAGCUCUAUCACCGUAGGUAUUUACUUGUGGAGAUAAGGAACUUAAGUUAAAGCCAAUAGUAGUGUCUACAAAAUCUGUUUAAAUAACUGUUUCUGGUGUUUUGACAGAUAGCAGUGGGGUAACAAAAAAUGUAUAGAACGCUCAAAUAGAAAUUGUACUCAAUCCUGCUGAUCCUUUGGCAUCUAAUCUAUAAACAAAAUCAGAUUUAAAUGGCAAAUAUUCUUUAAGUUUUGGAGCAGUCUAAGAUUAGAUAUACACAGCUGUUAUAUAAAUAACUAAUUCUGACUUUAAUCCAUAUAAAUCUUCUAAUAUCUAGAUUAAGGCGGAUAAAGUGUAUACUAUAUCACAUGAUGCAACCAUGGAUAGAAUCAUUCUUUAAGCCACUUUAACUUCAACAAUUACAGAUCCAUCAGGGAAGACCCCUCCUGCAUCUACUUUAACAGUUGAAUCCUUAUAGCCAACAGUCAAAGGAAAUGAAAAAACUUAGAUAACAGGAAAAACUGAUUCUGCUGGAAAAUUCAGUUUAUAAAUUCCUUGUUAUAAGAAUGUAGACGAGUCCUUUGUAUUGGAUGUUAAAGCUGAUAAGUACAAAGAUGUAAAAUCAGAUAAGAUUCAAUUUUAAUGUUCUGGUCCAGCAAUAUCUCUACCUCCAGUGAAGAUUAAAUAUGAAUUAGCACCCACUAAUACUAAAUUAACUGUUGGAGGUGAAAUUAUUGGACCAAAGGGCAAUGGCCAAUCAGGAGUGAAUGUGAAACUAACUUCAGAUCCUGCUAGCAAAGAUUUUGAAGUUAAAACUGGGGCAGAUGGGAAAUGGUCAGUAUUAGAUGAUUAAUUGCAAUUUGGAACCAAAUAUCAAUUGACUGAAUCUUAUAAUGAUGCUAUUGGAUAAAAUCACAAAGUUACAUAAGCCUUUUAAACAAAUGAUGAGAAAUCUGAAAUGACGUUCCCAAAAUAGUAUUAUGAUGAUUUUGUCCCAUUCGAAAUUAAUGGUAGAAUUACAACUGAAGGAGGAAUAUUUCCAUCUAAUGUUCCAAUUAGUUUAUAAUGCGAUGCUUUUGGUGAAAAUAAAGUACCUAUUGAUCUAAAAACAUUUACAGAUUCUACUGGAUCAUAUUAGUUCAAAUGGAAGAUGCUCAUGAAUGCUAAUUCUAAUAUUGACUGCUUAAUUAUUUCACAUGAAACUGUCAAAUUUUAAUUAACAAAUAAUCGAUUCAAAAUUAAUCCCAAUAAUGAUGUUAUUAAGAUUACCAAUUAAGCUCAAGUGACAGAAAAAUUCAAAGAAUAACUUACUAAAUAUUACUAACUUUCUGCAAUUUAUGGUGCAGUAUUUGCUGAAUUUGACUGCAGUUAAAAAUUGGAAUGGUUAGGAUUAGAAGGAGUUAAUAUCAAACUGAAAUAAUGGAAUGGAUUAUCUUAUGUUGAUGUUUAAAUUGAAACAAAGAGUGACAAACAAGGUCUCUUUGUUAUUAAACAUUAAGUCCUAAAAAGUUAAAUUUAGAAUGAAAUGAGAUUAGAAUUUACUAAAUAACAUUACAUUCCUACUACCGCGGAGUUCAAUCUUUAUUCAUUUGACCCUUAAUUAGAUGGAUCAUAUCUUAUCUAAUUAUCCAAUAUUAGAAUGGUUAAAAUUGGAUAGCCAGAAAAAUGUCCAACAGUUAAGAAAAAUAAACAUCAUCAAUGA